AUGAGCGCGACUCCUCGACUGCGGUCUGGGUUCCCCUCGACCCCCAGCACCGCCGCUCCGCGACGCAAUAACUUCCACCAAACGCCGAGCACCACCGGCUCCGUCUCCUCCAACGCGAGCCUCAACAAGUCGCCCACUCUCCCGCUGGCCCCUGAAAAGGCCCUUCGACAGAACCAGCCUGCCCAGCCUCUCAUCCCUUUAACGCUACUCGACGCCCCCCAGCAGCGCUUCUAUGCCUUUGCCAUCUACGUCCUGCUAUGGGCCUGGAAGCUGUAUGACUGGCUCCAGGUCGUCGAAGAGGGCGACAGCUCCUGGCUGCUAUUCUUCAAAUGGAUCUUCAUCGACUUUGCCUUCUUGUUUGGGCUUCCAGAGCUUCGUAUACCCUGGCUCGAGCUCUCCCAGUUUCUCGUUACCAGCAUCUUCAUGUCGCACCUAGUCAUCAACUACAUGUUGAUGUUUAAUAUCCCUCUCCCAUGGCAAUCCUUCUUCCUCGGCCUCGCCAAAGUUCUCUACGACCGCGAACUGUCCAUUUCCGAGCAAAAUGUUAAGGUCUCCAGCAUCCUCAACAACCAUUCGUUGAUCAUGGGCAAACAAAUCAUCAAUAUUCUUCCCGAAGGCUCUGCAGUUCUGAACCCCGAACAGCAUCCCUAUUGCAUCGCACCCAAAUCCAAGACGGGUGUCGUACUCCCCAUCUACUUCAAUUCCACCAUUCCGGCAGAAGUUGAGCUCAUUCGCAUCGACCUCGAAACAGGCAAGGAAGAGAGAAUCAAAGUCUCCAACCGCGACGUAGCCAAAGUGGCUAAGCAAAUCCGAGAGCAAAGCUGGGACCCUAAUAUGGUCGGCUUUCAAUGGGAUUACAACGUCAGGCGACCUGGUGUGUACCGACUGGGCAAAGUCUUGGACGAGUACAAACUUGAAAUUCAGCGUGGCGUCAAAGAUACAUAUGUCGUGCCCUGUCCGCAGGCGAGAAUCAUGACUGCCGAUUCUUCUCCGCGCUGCAUACGUGACUUGUCCAACCUGUCUCUCGAGGUUUACGGUACGCCGCCUCUCAAGAUCGUCUACAGCCGGACCAUCAACGGUAAGAACCAUGGCUUUCACUUCCAGAGUCUUCAACCAGACGGCUUCAGCUCGCCGCUUCUCGGCUCUACUGCCGAUGUUCUACCUGAUGGAGGCCAAGACAUCUCGUGGGUUAGUCCUGCUCGUGUCACUGUUAGCCUGAACGAGUCCAUGGCUACUUCCGGCGAGUGGGAAUACUCGGUUGAUGAGGUUCACGAUGCAUUUGGCAACACGGUUAAGUAUUCUGAAAGCGUUGACGACCCUGAGCAUGCCGGCGCUCGUAGCCUCGUCCAGAAGUUUGCCGUCAAAGAACGCCCCAAGGUCAAGAUGCAAGGGUGUGACCUACGAAAUGCUUUGAAAGUCGCCAAAGGGACGCAAUCCAAGCUUCCCAUCUCGUUCCAAGUGACAGGAGGGGCCUCGGAUACUGCCUACAAAGUGCAGUGGAAAUUCUCCCCAAUUGACACCCUCACCAACAACGGCGAUCACGGCGACAAGGUUAUUCUCGGCAGCCAUUCAGCUAAAAACUCGGGCGACAAACCGAGCGUAUCUGCGCCAGGUCUCUACACUCUGACGUCCAUAUCCAGUGGCUCCUGUGAAGGUGAAGUCGAUGAACCUUCUUCUUGUCUUCUUUUGAACCCUCUCGAGCCACACCUCUCUGUUCAUGCCGAAGAGAUCCCUGACAAGUGCGCCGGAAACUCGAUUGGAUUGCGAGUCAACCUGGAUCUCGUUGGCACGCCGCCAUUCGCUGUUCGCUAUGAUAUUAUUGGUAGUGACCAGCACGUCGAGACCAGGACGCACAGGGUGAACGGUCUACGCUCGCAGCUGGAGCUCAUACCACAGGAGGCUAGUCGCCAGAAGUACGUGUUCAAGUCAAUCGACGACAGCGUAUACCGCAACAUCCCUCUCACCGGCCAGGAUAAAAUACUCGAGCAGGAAGUCAAGCCCGCGGCAAACGCCGUCAUUGCGCAUGGCUCGCAGACUAUCAAUACAUGCCUGGAUUCAAAUGUUGAACUGGACGUCGUCCUUACUGGGGAACCGCCCUUCAACCUUGAAUGGGAAGUAAUUCAUGAUGGCAAGCGCAAAACAGAGCGUGUCAACGAUCUCAAUUCCAAGACGUACACGAUCAAGACUCCUGUCUUCACUAAGGGUGGAGAGUACAUUCUUGCGCUGAGCAGCGUCAAAGACCAGCGAGGGUGCCGAUCUUUCUUACAGGACCAGAUCAAGAUUCUUGUGCGCCGCCAGCAGCCUCGCGGUGCUUUUGGCCUGAUCGAACAGAAGCAGAGCAUUAUGGCUGUGGAGGACACGCCUCUGCGUCUUCCCCUCCGGCUCCAGGGUGAUGGCCCCUGGACCGUUUCCUACAGGAACCUCAAUGAUUCUGCGGGAACAAUUACCAAGAAAAUCGACAGCCCCAAUGGAUUCCUUAUGGUAAAGUCCCGAGGUGUGUACGAGCUUUUGGAUAUCCGAGAUAAUCACUGCCCUGGUACAGUUGAGCCUGCAGGUUCGACUUUCCAGGUAGAGUGGUUCCCUCGUCCUGAGAUUUCCAUGAUUGAAACAGACAGUAUCAGCACAUCGGGUGGCGUAUUUGUGAAGCAAGAGGUUUGCGAAGGAGAUAUAGAUGGCUUCGAAGUUAAACUCCAAGGUUCACCACCAUACCACGUCGAAUACGAGGUCCAACAACGCUCUCCUCAAGGAUCCAAGGCGAUGAGCCGAAGAGAAUUCGACGCCGCUCUCUCCAAGGCAGCCAUUUCCAUGGACACCACCAAAGCUGGCGAAUAUACAUACAAGUUCCACGGGCUCGCCGACAAUCUCUACGAUGCCGAUCAAAAGUCCAAGGUGCUUACUGUGCAGCAGCGCGUCAAUGCCAGGCCGGCCGCCACCUUCACCAAGCCUGGCCAAACCUUUAAAUUUUGCCAGGAGGAGCAGGAGCACGAGGACAGGAUUCCCAUUACGUUGACUGGCGUGGCGCCAUUCUUUGUCGAAGUGGAAAUCAAACACCAGGCGGGCUCGCCUCCGGAGACAUACCACGUGCCUUCGAUCAAUAGCAACUCGUACUCCAUGCAGAUUCCUAGAAAGCAUCUGCGGCUGGGCUCGCAGCAGCUCCGCAUCCGACGCGUGCGCGAUGCACGGGGCUGCCAGCAAAAGUAUGAGACGGGCGGCCCGUCGAUCCAGAUCCAGCUCUACGACGCGCCGUCCAUCUACCCGCUCGAGUCGCGGCAGGACUACUGCGUCGGCGAGCGGAUCGCGUACACGCUGUCGGGCACACCGCCGUUUGACAUCCACUACGAGUUCAACGGGAAGUGGAACGCCAAGUCACAGACGACGAGCUUCCGGCGCGUGGCCGAGAAGCCCGGCGACUUCAUCAUCACUCGCAUCUCGGACAAGGCGAGCGAGUGCCGCGCGGCUGUGCACCUGCCCAAGACGAUCCACGCGCUGCCGAGCGUGCAGAUUAGCCGCGGCCAGCAGUCGCGCGUCGACAUCCACGAGGGCGGCGAGGUGGAUAUCUUGUUUGAGUUUUGGGGCACGCCGCCGUUUGAAUUUACCUUUACGCGCAGCACGAACGCGAAGAAGGGUCACCGCAGCGUGCUUCUCGAGACGAGGCACGACAUAUCAUACGAGCACUCCAAGGUUGUAAAGGCCUCCCAGGAGGGUACAUACGAAGUCGUCGCCAUCAAGGACAAGUUUUGCUCGUACUCGACGCAGCAGACGGACAAGCGAGACAAGAAGUGA